AUGAGUCAGCAACAAUUUCUUAUUACGCGGUUACCAGAGAAAAUUAUGCUACAAAUUUUCUCACAUCUCACUCAUCCAGAAUUAUGCAAUAUUGCACGUGUAUGCAAAAUGUGGCGUCGCCUGGCAUAUGAUCAGUCAUUGUGGCAGUCAUUGAAUUUACGUCCUGAAUAUGGCGGGAUAUUUGUAAGAUCAAUUGAUGAACUACUAAAUCUUAUUCACCAUCGAUCUGGAAGUGGUUUGAAACGCAUUGAACUAUCAAGUGAUUUAGUGACUAUACCUGUUUUAGAAGAAUUGGGCAAUCGAUGUCCAAAUCUACGUUAUUUAACUUUGGAUUUUAGUAAUGCUAUGCAACUACAUGAUUUCAAUGAGUUAGCUGCAUUUCCUUCAUCGAUUAAAUACUUAUGCAUUUGUUUAAGUGAUGUUAUAUUUAUGGAGGGAUUAAUGAGAAAAAUUUACCCUUGUCUGUCAGCAGUUGAAGUUUUACAUUUGAUUGGUACAUUCGAAUUAGCUACGGAGGAAGAGGAAGAAAUCUAUGAGGUAAUCAAUAUUAGUAAAAUCAAAGCGCAUACGCCUAAUUUACGCGUCGUCAACUUAUUCGGCAUUAAUUUCAUUGAAGAUAGUCAUGUGGAACUGUUAGCCAGUAAUUGUAUCCAUUUGGAGUGUGUUGCAUUGAAUUUUUGUUUAAAUGUUAAAGGAUCAUCAUUUGCAUUGUUGAUAGCAAAUUGUAAAAAGGUUAAAACGUUACUUCUUGAACACUGUGGUCUUCGAGAUGAAUAUAUGAUGGCUGCACCAUGGGAAAAUUCUGGCAUAUGUGAACUGGAUAUUACGUCUACAGAAUUAUCUGCAGAAUGUCUUGAAAAUUUCCUUUUGCGCAUCCCGUAUUUCACCUAUCUAGCCGCUGGUCAUACAGAUUUCUUCACUGAUCAGAUUCUAAAUUCACUGUGUGAAAUGGGUAAAUUCAAACAAAUCAAGGCAAUUGACUUAAGUCAUACACCAGCAUUGGGUGAGCAAUCGAUAACAAAUUUCUUGAAAACUCAUGGUCAUCAGCUGCAUGGUCUUAUGUUACAUGGAAAAGCUACUUUAGCUGAAUAUUUCUGGACAACAGUUAUUCCAUAUCUUGGAUCAAUAAGAGUAUGUGUCCUCGGAGCAUCCCAUGGAUGGUUUUUUAAAUAUAAUACACGUGUGCAUAUUGAUAAAGUACUUGAAGGUUUUGCUGGAUGUUGUCCAAAUUUAGAAGCAUUAGAAAUACAAUGGGAUCCAGAUACUAUUCGUUUCAGUGAUAAGAGUAGAAAAUUUAUAGAUCGAAUAAGAAUCAAAUGUCCUCGAUUGAAGUCUUUAACUCUCAGUGAUGGUAAAUAUUAUGAAAUGGUUAAGGGGAAUUUCGAGAGAGCAGAAUGUCCACGUGUUGUACGUACUACUACAACAUAUAAUACAAGUAUUAUAAGCCUUUUAGAACGUUAUAAAGAUUUAAGAUUUAAUUGA